AUGCUCGGUAUGGCGAUAGGAGAUGCUGUGGGCGCUUGUGUCGAGUUUCGUCCCCGCAGCUUCAUGUUACAAAAUCCUGUCGAAGACUUGAAAGGUGGCGGUACAUGGGGUCUAGAGGCGGGUCAGUGGACGGAUGACACGUCAAUGGCAUUGUGUCUCGCCGCUAGUCUUGUCGCCAAGAAAGGCUUUAAUGCAUAUGAUCAACUCGUACGAUACAAAUGGUGGUACAAACAGGGCUACAUGUCAUCAACGGGCAAAUGUUUUGAUAUUGGAAAAGCUACAAGUAACUCCAUACAAGAAUUUUCUCGUCGACAGCGAGACUUCCAAGUGCGAAAUCGUAUUUCUAGUCAAAGUGUUGAUCAACCUGAGAGCGGCUAUACUAGGCUUCAUGAGGACAUGUCAACAGAUUGUAGUACAUCUGGUGUGGCUGGUAAUGGAGCGUUAAUGCGUCUUGCUCCCAUUCCACUCUUUUUCUGUCGAUCACCUCGAGACGCCAUUUAUUAUGCGGGAAAAAGUGCUCUGUUAACACACGGAGAUCAAAAAGCAGCCGAUGCAUGUCGAUAUUUUGCCGCAUUAAUGUGUGCGGCAAUGCACGGAUAUUCGAAAGUAGACUUACUUCACGAAAAAUUCUAUGUGAGAAUGUUCGAUGAGGGCUGGUUUGAACAAAACCCUUUGCACCGUGCCGUUCAAGACAUUGCUGAAGGAUCUUUUAAGAAAGCAAGAGGCUAUGACGAUGGUAUAAGAGCAGGAGGAUAUGUAAUUAAAGCGCUAGAAGCAGCAUUGUGGGCAUUCUGGCAAGAUAACGGAUCGUUUCAGAAAGGAGUAUUGCUUGCAGUCAACUUGGGCGAUGAUACAGAUACAACAGCGGCCAUUUAUGGUCAACUAGCUGGUGUUUAUUAUGGUGUCAGCGCUCUCCCCAAACACUGGUCAAAAGAAAUAUACGCGAAAAAUUUGAUUGAAUGUCUAUCGCAGUGGAUUGAAUAUGAAGGAGGCCAUUGGUUUUCGAAAAUUCACCCUGAAGUUGCGGGUACAGUUAGUAAAAGGGACUGUUUAGAAUAA